AUGUUUACCAUUCGCCCGGUCCGCACCCCGGAAGAUCUCUCAACCGCCGUAUCCCUAAUAAAACCUUACAUGCCGGGGCUCGAUCUCUCCUAUCAAGACUUCGAGUCCGAAAUGGCCGCCCAUGACCAAAAACCCCCACAGUCACAGGCACAGCCACAGCCACUUGGCUGCAUAGCUCUCCGUCCACUCUGCCUGCAAGGACAACUGGACGCCCUUCCUGCAUCUCCGUCACAGCCCAAGCUCUACAGCAGUGGCAACGAUGGUGAUGCUGGGGCUAGUGGUAGUUAUGCGAAACCCAAAGAUUGUGAACGGAAGCGGUUAUAUGUCACGCCACCAGCACGGGGGUGGGAAAGGCGCUGGUGA